AUGGAUUUCGCGCAUGCGGCUCGGUUAGUUUUGAUAGGCUGUGGUUCCUUCAACCCACCGACGCCAAUGCACUUUCGCAUGUUCGAAAUUGCACGCGAUUAUUACAAAAAACAAAGAACACACCACGUCAUUGGUGGCAUCGUUUCACCCACACACAAUUCAUAUCAGAAGAAAGGACUCGUUGCUGGUACACAUCGGUUUGCUAUGUUGAAAUUAGCAUUGCAAUCCUCAACAUGGAUCAAACCCUCGGACUGGGAAAUACAGCAAUGGAAAUGGUCGCGCACAAGCUCCGUUCUGCAGUAUCAUCAAAAGUAUAUGAAUAACUAUAUCAACUCACCACUGGAAAGUGACAUGAAAGGUACUCCACCUGGUUGGAUGCCUCCCGGUUUGCGUGAGCGGCAGGAUGACGUGCAAUUGAAAUUGCUGUGUGGAGCUGAUUUAUUAGAAUCAUUUGCAGUACCGGGUUUAUGGGCAGAUAAGGAUAUCGAAGAUAUUCUUGGCAAUCAUGGUUUAGUGGUAAUAUCACGCUAUGGCUCUAAUCCUGAAAAAUUCAUUAGCGAGUCAGAUAUGUUGACGAAAUAUAAGAAACAUAUUACGUUAAUAACGAAUUCUGUACCAAACGAGGUUAGUUCAACAAUAAUACGACGUCUUAUUUCGCGCGAUGAGUCUGUGAAAUACUUGCUUGAUGACAGGGUCAUUGACUAUAUUCAAAUGCAUGGACUAUUUAAUUUGAAAACGGACGAUUUAAACUAAUCCUGCGAGUGGUACAAAGCCUUCAAAGACGGUCGGGAGAUCAUUAAAGACAUGCCUCGUUCUGG